GUCGGUGGCCACCUGGCGGUAGUAAUGUGCAUCGCAGGCCACCGGGAGCGAAGGUGUUAGUAAUUAACCCGUUUGCGGUGGAUCAAGAGAACAACAACACGAACUAGAGGUUGAACUUCGGACUGUGCUGUUUUGUUUCUGCCUUCUGCAACUUUCGGUCAAUGACAUAUGGGUCACUAAGAUGAUUGUGUUCAAUAUUAGACCAUAAAUUGAUCUAUCAGCUAUCAAGUUUGAUCCACACGUGGUAGACUUCAGGUAAACAAGUUGGAAAGUGUUUAUGCCUGCUGAAGUGAAGGUUCUUCCUACAUCACCAUACACACAAGGAAAGAAAAACAAGAUUGAAAAAGGUGGAAGAACUCACCCCUUAUUAAGGGCCUUAAUUAUGAUCUCACGAAAGCCAGAACCUUCACAGUAACUGAAGUUACGGUAAACUGCAGUUGGAUUAGUGGCUCUGUCUGGAACAUGGAUGCUUUUGAGGGUCUCCACAGUGUCCAGCUGUCCUCGUCUCCGCCUGCCUCUGCCUGCAACCCUGGGUAUGAAGUACUAGUCUCAGCUGGGUCUGGUGUCCAGGUGUACUCCAACGCUACGUUCUAUGGAAAACCCAGUGUUCUGGAGCAUACACAACGGAGAGGGAGAGAUAAAUAUCCCUCCUACCGAGAGGAGACUAAAGAGGAGAGGUGUGAGGUUGGAAGGUUGGUAGACCUGGAGCCCGGUCCGAGCCCCCGGGUUGACGGCGGUGGGCCGGCUGACCCAGGUUUCACCAGGCCCCAGGAGGGAGCUGUUGCCCAGGCCCAGAGCCGGGAGGGCAGCAGGCUGGAGGGUGCUACCCAGCUGGAGGUUGCCCUGGGCGGGGAGCAUGAGGACAACGUGUCCCGCCUCCGGAGCUCUUCCCUGGAGAUCAGAGAGAAGGGAUCAGAGAUCCUACGGGAACAACUGGAUGCUGCACAGAAGGAGCUGAAGCUGAAGGAUAAGGAGUGUGAGCGUCUGUCGCAGGUCAGAGAUCAGCUGGAGCAGGAGCUGGAAGAGCUCACUGCCAGUCUAUUUGAGGAAGCUCACAAGAUGGUGCGGGAAGCCAACGUGAAACAAGCCGCAGCAGAGAAGCAGCUGAAGGAGGCUCAGGGCAAGAUUGAUGUCCUUCAGGCGGAGGUGUCUGCCCUGAAGAGCAUGGUCCUAACCUCCACCCCGUCUUCCCCCAAUCGCCAGGCCCACCCUCAGCUCCUCUCCCCGGGCACCAGGUCCAAGGGGGCCAGCCCCCGCCAUGGAGGAGGACACACGCGCAACAAGAGCGCCAGCUGGGCCUUGCCAUUGGCCCCUGGUGGGAACUUAGACCUGCACUCCCUGCAGCCAGUCAGAGAGGACAAAGAGCCUACGGUUCCUGCGCUACUCUCUCUGAUUUUGUGUCUGGUUCCGGGCCACUCAAUCUCUGUGACCUAUGAACCCUACUGGGCAGAGAAGGGGGAGGGGCCACGCUCUCUCAGCCGACAGAUGGACAACGUGCUGUAUGCAGAGUUCCUGACCUGGAAAGACAGACCUAGUCUGGACAGAACGUCAGCCUUCCUGGGCCGUAUCUACAGAGAGGACAUUGGCCCCUGCCUCUCCUUCACCAAAUCUGAGUUGUCUCAGUUGGUGCAGAAUGCAGUGGAGAACAACUCGCUGACCAUCGAACCGGUGGCCGUGUCUGCUUUACCCAUGGUCAAAGCCAACGCCAUAGAGUGUGGCGGGCCCAAUGGCCUGAGAGCAGCAGUAGAGACGAAGUGUGCGUUGAGCGGCAUGUCCCGGUCCUGUAAGCACCGCAUCAAACUUGGAGACAGAGAGAGUUACUACCACAUCUCUCCCUCCAGCAGGGCACGGAUUACAGCGGUGUGUAAUUUCUUCACCUAUAUCCGCUACAUACAGCAGGGCCUGGUCAGACAUGAUGCGGAGCAGAUGUUCUGGGAAGUGACGCGUCUACGGCGGGAGAUGACUGUGGCCAAGCUGGGCUUCUACCUCACAGACACAGACCAGGGAUAGAAGACAGACAAGAGGAGACAGUCACCGUUAGCCCUGGGUCAUGUUCAUUAGGGCACACCGUAGCAAAAAAAAAAAAACAAGCGCUUCGUAUUGGACAAGUUCAAGAUAUUACCACCCGUUUAGGGACGCUUUCCUCCGUUUUCAUGCCUACUGAACACGACCCUGGGCUUAGAAAGACGAGAUACCAAUCAGCUGUACAGAGACACAAGAUCACCAGUACCCUUUUUACACUGUCCUGAUAAUCCAACCCAAAAACAAACUGGGCUGGUUUGGCUCAGUAGUGUGAAAAGUCCUCAGCUGGACACGGUGAACACAGAAACCAGAUCACUGAUCUUAUUGAGUAGGAGAACGAUUUUCAAGUGUGUCUGACGAGGGAAGCAGAAAUGCUACAGCAAAUAUGACACCACUUAGCAAUUAGAUUAGAUUUAGUCUCGUAACAAAUCAGCCCGAUCUGGCGAGCUACAAGGUAGCGGAGAAAAAAAACAUUUGUAGCAAAACAGAAUGUAAGCUUGUGAGAUCAGUAUAGUUCGUACGAUGCUAGCAGUUAGAGCUAUGUACUUUAUAAACUAGCACAAUAUUAUAACACAAACCACAAAGACAUGCAAUGAAUAUCAUCUUUUAAAAGGACAGUAGCGUAUAUGUGAAAAUGUAUCAAUAUACCAUAGAAACUCUUGUUAUUACUACGUACAAUUGACAAGUGGUUACACGGCUGAUCUUAGUUGGCACAGAUUGAAACUAUAUACGCAUGUGUCAUGCUGCCACGGAAACACUCAUAUGGGUUGAAUCCUAACUGGUCAGGUUACUCACACAGAUGUUUAUAAGUUGGAGUUCUGACCAAUAGAGAACUAUGCUGCUCACUUUUCAUUCUAACAGCUGUCAUGUGGUACCUGUGGACUAGUCCUGCAUGUUCUAGUCCUGCAUGUUGUCUCAUCUCCUCUCACCUUAACAACCAGACCACGUACGUGUUGUCGUCUCCUCUCACCUUAACAACCAGACUACGUACGUGUUGUCGUCUCCUCUCACCUUAACAACCAGACUACGUACGUGUUGUCGUCUCCUCUCACCUUAACAACCAGACUACGUACGUGUUGUCUCCUCACCUUAACAACCAGACCACGUACGUGUUGUCGUCUCCUCUCACCUUAACAACCAGACUACGUACGUGUUGUCGUCUCCUCUCACCUUAACAACCAGACUACGUACGUGUUGUCGUCUCCUCUCACCUUAACAACCAGACUACGUACGUGUUGUCGUCUCCUCUCACCUUAACAACCAGACUACGUACGUGUUGUCGUCUCCUCUCACCUUAACAACCAGACUACGUACGUGUUGUCGUCUCCUCUCACCUUAACAACCAGACUACGUACGUGUUGUCUCCUCUCACCUUAACAACCAGACUACGUACGUGUUGUCGUCUCCUCUCACCUUAACAACCAGACCGCGUACGUGUUGUCGUCUCCUCUCACCUUAACAACCAAACCACCCAUUACGUUGCCUUAACCUCGAUAGAUUCUUGCACUACGUUGUAAAUGCCUUGCAUGGCUUAUAUAGGAAAGACACCUCGACUGAGAAUGGGGGUUAUGGAAGGGAAGUAAUUCACUCAGCUGAGUCUGUUUUAGUACAAACCGGUUCAGAAGUAGUGUGUGUUGCAGGUACACGAAGUGAAAGCAGUGAUCUGAAAUAUCCUCGUCUUCACUCUGGAUACUGUGACCGCUUAGCAACGACUAUCCUAGAAAUGCGUUUUCUUCUUCCUCCUUCCUGAUAUCACCAAUUUUUAUUCACAGCUUUAAAAUAACUGUAGUUUUGGGAGAGAAAACAGUUGUAAAUGAUUGCAGUAUGUUACGCUCAACCUUAGUUGUAAAUUGAACUCCUGUAAAAUGUUAUUGAAAUUGCACUCCAGGUUGUGUAUGAUAAAUUAUGUUUAAAGCCAAUACGUGACCAUGAAUUGUGUCGCUUUGCGUGGAUACAUAGCCAAUAGUGUGUUUGUGUUCAACAGUUAUGCUCUAUAACUCUAAAACACUAUAGUGUUGAUAUUAGCCAUAUCCUGCAUGAAAAUAUAUUUAUCAAACUUUUAAAUGAAGAAUAUCGGAAGUCUGAAAGUGCAAUUAAAGCUUUGUGUCAUGAG